UGAGGGCGCGCUUCCCAAUUUACAGUAUUGUAACUUCAACUUCGGGUCGAUCGUCCUGAUCGUGGCAGCGUAUGCCGCCCAUAACAAGCAGUUGAAGCACCUCUUGCACCCCUCGCAGUGGGCUAUAAUUAUUGAAGAUGGAGUGAAAACUUGAACCACCGGACGCCAUGACUGGGCGAGAUUACAGAGGCUUCCUGUCUCAGCACCGUGCCGGGCCAAGAGAAAUUGGCAGGGCCUAUGAAUCAGAUAAGCUUUUGAUACGGAUGACCGAAGGCCUAGGCAGCAGUAGGUACACCGCACCCGACUAUGAGAAGCUUAAAGCUCUUGCUUUGGAGAAGAAAAUCUCUGGCAAUCGCUCGCUGAUCAAGGUCAACCGCCUUGCUGCAAUCUCCAGGGCUAGUCAAGAGAAAAGCCUCUUGAAGCAGCACGGAAUGGUCUGGCAACGAGAGGUUGGACGAUUGGAUGCGGCGCGGAAGCGAGCUGAGAGCGAACAGGACUCGUUCUUUCUGAGCAGCACGUCGGAGCAGUCAGAGAUUUCCAUGUUCAUGCUGGAGGCCGAGGACUAUCAGAUGGAGCUGGAGGUAGACAGGAAGGCCUUCAAGGGGGCUACCGUGGACCCCCUCUGGACGCUGCGAGAAGACCUCCAGGCCUGGCUGACCGAGAACUCACCUCAGUUUCACCCAGGCUCGCCGCGGCAUGAGGAGCUCGCAGAGCAGCACACGCGGAUCACCGAGACAAUCGACUCAGUCAAGGAGCAACAGCAGGGAAUCCUGAACAAACUAUGGCACGAGGAGCGGGCAUUGGAGCAGGACCUGCACUCCAACUACCUGCGGGGGCUGUUUGCCGGAGCGGAGAAGUGGGUCGUGGAAGGGAUACCCACCGAGGCUCAGGUCCUAAUUUGUCCCGACAUGGAACUCAGAAGCUCUGUGCUGUUGGAGUUUGGGCUCCUGGACCAGAAAUAUUUGGUGCGACUCAGGGACCUCGACAAGAUGCAUUCAGAUGUACUAAGAUCAGACACUGGUGGUUGGGACGCGGCAGACCACUUUGCCUACCAGGUGAUCGUCGACCAGUACCCCCAUGAUCUCUCCAAUCGAAGAGCUCUUUACAUCGACAGGCUUCGACGGCAGCUGCCCCACAAGACAAGAAAUGACAUUGUGGCCCACGAGGACUGGUCCCUGCAUCACCGGUUCUACGUCGAGCGCCGCCGCACCCUGAUCAACUGCUGGGCGCGGGACAAGCAGGAGCUGUACGACAAGGCCGUCACUGUCUUUGCCGACGCCUGCCUGGCCGAGGAACUGCGGCAGGCUACAGCGAUCAACCGGCAGCGACAGGACGAAAUCUGCCAGCAGCUAGGCCAGAAGGUUCAACGCUGGAAAGAGCAGAAAGCAGAAGCCAUGAGACUGGAGGACGAGAUAGCAUCUCAACAGCGACGGCAGUUAGAGGAGCAGAGGGCCAGGGAAGAAGAAGCAGAUCAGAAGAGGAGAGCCGUGGACAAGCAGAAGGUGGAAGCGUACCACCUCAAGCAGAGGAAGGAGCAAGAGGCGAGGGAGAAGGAAAAUAAGAAGCGGCUGGCAGACAUCCAGGAAGCCAUGGAGCUGCAGGCACAGAAAGACCGAGAAAGGGUUGCCUACCGAGAGAUGCUUCUGGAGGAGCGCAAACAGCGACAGCAGGAUGAGAGACGCAAGGAAGCCGAGAAUGAAAUGGAGCGAGAACGGAGAUUGGACGCACUGCGACAAAUGGUGGAGGUGCACGUAGAAAAUGAUCCACAGCGUGUCUUCCAGAACACCAAGGCUUUUAAAGCCCACCUUGGCAUCGGGGUCGAUGAAGACAUCAAUAUACAGAAACCGCUCUUUGAUGCCAAAGGAUUCACAGCUGAACAGGUGACGUCAGACCCCCGCUUCAAACUGGAGCAAGCCCUGCGCAAGGCCGGGCUGCAUGGCAACCCUUACGCCAGGGCCAUGAUGGGGCACACCAAGCCCCUCAAACCGCCCAGGCGAGACCAGGAAUCGACGGUCUUCAAAGACUUGGCACCUACCUGAACUUGUUUGUCUGAAAGCCUCUCAAAACAGCCAGCUCUGCUCAUAUUUACAAGCCAAGGUUCUGAGCUGAGAAAUUCUGUGUAGGAAUAUGUUAUGCUGCAUCCAAAUUUAGUGGCUAUGGCUAGCAGUAACCAAGGCUUCUAUGGAAAAAUAGACUAAGCCGCCAGCCAGUGGCUUCCAUUGCUGCAUGUGUUGUUUUCAGCCAUAGCCAAUACUCCUGCAAUUAGGACACAGUGUUUGCAUGUACUGGUUGGCACCGGAGUGACAUUAAAUAUUCAAAGCCGAAUUUCGUUUGAAUUUACACAAACUCCCAACGUCCUCACAGAGGAAGCUUUUACACAGGGAAUCACAGUAACACUUGUGCCCAAGUUUCUGCACUUUCUCAUUUCUCACAUUCGAGGAAUUAACUGCGGUCAGAUUCUAAACUUGAUGUCUUUAGGUUGAACAUUAUCUCUCCCUGUGUGGCUAUUUUCCCAAAACACGUGAUUUGACAACAAAGAAACAACAGUACAAAAUUUAAAAAAUAAAGAACAGAUUUGGUAGUAAAUGUUUGUUUUAAAAUAGCAAUAAGACAGUGAGUUUUAAAAAUCUAAGUUAGUCUGCAUUCCAUUUGAGAUUGUACUUGACUAAUUUUUACAUUAUGUAUAUGCUUAGCGCAAUCAAUCAACACGAUCACGCGAGCAGGUUGUGCUGUUAGUUGAUGCCGUGUGAAAUCUCGGACUCUACUUCCUUUCCUUGAAACUAUGCUCCACAGCCAUGACUUAGAUUGUCUGAUGGUGAUGUUAUUGACAGAUCCUGCAAUAAAAUUGACAGAUCGCGCUGAGCAAUGCUCAGCAUGUUUUAUUAGGAGCUUCAAAGGGGUUCCACACAAAUGCAAUAACCAUAGGCCUUCCUGGACAUUUUUUAUGUUUUUAUGCAUUAUUUUGCAAAUUCUGGCUUUCCCUUGUUUUUAUCAGAGAGCUAUUUGAAGAGUAUAAAAGUCAGUGAAUGUGACCAUGCAUUAGAUGUGAUUGAAACUUCGAUUUUCUGGCCUUUUUCUUUCAAGAGGCACUUUGUUUGUUGAGGGGCACUGGACAGCCUCCGUAGUAUCUGUUGAAGAAAAGCAAUAUUUCUUCAUAUUAAAAAAGGGUUGCUGCCAAGCAGCAGCAUAUCUACAUCAACUUCAGACAUGGAAGAAAAAAAACUCCCAUUUACGUUUAUGUAGUAAAACUGAAUUCUCUUUAAUUCGACCAUAAUUCUACCAGUUUUAUGUUUUACUGUAGUAUAAGAUUACAAAACAGACAUUGUGCAGAAUAAUAAACGCAUUUUGCUGAACUGAC